UCAGGUGAGAAACCGUAUUCAUGUGAAACAUGUGGUAAAAGUUUCAGACUGCACAGACAAAGAGUGAGUUGUUGGUCCACAUGACAAUUCACUCAGGUAAGAAACCGUAUUCAUGUGAAACAUGUGGUAAAAGUUUCAGACUGUACAGUCAUUUGUUGGUCCACGAGAGAGUUCACUCAGGUGAGAAGCCAUUUUCUUGUGGAACAUGUGGCAGAAGUUUCACUGCACACUACAGUUUGAUGGUCCACAUGAGAACUCACUCAGGUGAGAAGCCGUAUUCAUGUGAAACAUGUGGUAAAAGUUUCGCUACACAGAGCAGUUUGAAGGUCCACAUAAGAACUCACUCAGGUGAGAGGCCAUAUUCUUGUGAAAGGUGUGACAAACGCUUCAGGCAGCACAGUACUUUGAUGGUCCACAUGACAGUUCACUCAGGUGAGAAGCCGUUUUCUUGUGAAACAUGUGGCAAAAGUUUCAGCGCGCAGAGCAGUUUGAUGGUCCACAUGAGAGUUCACUCAGGUGAGAAGCCGUAUUCAUGUGAAACAUGUGGUAAAAGUUUCGCUACACAGAGCAGUUUGAAGGUCCACAUAAGAACUCACUCAGGUGAGAGGUCGUUUUCUUGUGAAACAUGUGGCAAAAGUUUCAGCACGCACAGCAAUUUGAAGGUCCACAUGAGAGUUCACUCAGGUGAGAAGCCGUAUCCUUGUGAAAGGUGUGACAAACGCUUCAGUCAGUACAAUAACUUGAUGGUCCACAUGAGAGCUCCAUCGAUAACAUCUGAGCUGUCACGGGAGGACAUCGAGGAGAUCCAGAACACGGCCGAGGUCCUGAUGCGCAUGUGCCGCACCACCGCCAUCAACGGGGGCCGCACCAUGGCCACUGUGACAUACAGGUCAUCAUUGAGCAUGUGGAGGCGGCGGCCCGGGGCUCUCAGCAGCUCGCCCCCCAUCUUCAGCCUCGUCGUGCGCCGAACCCGCAGCGACGACACCCUGCAGAGCAACGGAGGUCUGCCCCCUGGAACACCGCUGCGCCUGGCCAGGCCUGCUCAGCUGCCCGCUGAUCCUCUUCCUCCGGGGCUCCGACCAACUGAGAUGGUCCCACGCUCCCGAGUCCCGAGACUGAAGCAUGUCAAGCCCAUCAGGACUCUCCCUCUCCCUCCCUCCGUUGCCUCAUAA